AUGGGCUCAUUCGCAGACCAAGCCGGCCGACGUCCUGCAUACAUCCUUUGCUUCCUCAUAUACAUCAGCGGAAACAUUGCGUUGGCUUUGCAACACAGCCUUCCCGCUCUACUUGUCCUCCGUGGACUGCAAAGCUGCGGCAGCAGUGGUACCGUUGCCCUGGCAUUUGCCGUCGCCGCGGAUGUCACGACCGCUGCAGAAAGGGGCACCUACAUGGGUAUUACAUCGCUGGGUAAUAUCAUCGCGCCGUCAUUAGGUCCCAUUCUUGGUGGUAUUCUUAGUGAGUAUCUAGGGUGGAGGGCUAUUUUUUGGUUUUUGGCUCUUUCGUCGGGGGUCUUCUUUGUUGUAUGGAUUGUUUUCUUUCCGGAGACUUGUCGGGCCAUUGUUGGUGAUGGAUCUGUUCUUCCCCAGGGGUGGAAUCGAUCUGUGUACUGCUGGUGGGUGUCAAAAAACCAUCCUUGUACACAUGAUAUCACACCUACAAUUAGCAGCGGACUGACGCUUCCUAACCCUCUGGCGACACUACGGCUCCUCUUCGAGCUACCCACAGGUCUGAUACUACUAUCCAAUGGCGUCGUCUUUGCAAGCUACUACUCCGUCAUGGCGGCGAUUCCAUUCCAACUGGAAACAAUAUACCAUCUCAGCGACCUCGAGAUCGGACUCAGUUUCAUUCCUGCAGGGUUAGGGUCACUGACAAGCGCGACAUUCAACGGGAUUAUGGUGGACUGGAACUACCGGCGAGCAAUGGAAAAGACCGCGCUGUCGAUGCUGAAAAGUCCAGCACAGGGACGUGGAUUAUUCUCUAUCGAGAAGGUCCGACUGCAGAUUGGGCUCCCGAUGACGAUUCUCUCUGCGCUGACGGUAUUGUUGUAUGGCUUCACAAUUGAGCGUCACCCGCCACUUUAUGUUACUUUGGUUGUGAUUUUCACCAUCUCGUUCUGCAUCACAUCCGUCUACAAUGUGAUGAACAUCCUCCUGGUGGACUUCUACUAUGGUACCCCAGCCACGGCGAUGGCAGCGAACAACCUCGUUCGGUGCUUUCUAGGAGCAGGAGCCACGGCACUCGUUCACCCCUUGAUCCAGCGAUGGGGGAAUCUCUGGACGUACGUCCUUGUGUCGGGGAUUAUUCUCGCUGUCUGUCCGAUCCUGGCGGCGGUGGCGGCUUGGGGGACGAAAUGGAGACGGGUCGAUCACCAGUCAGAUAAUUGA